AUGCUUCAGACAAGUAAAUCCAAAAUGAAUCAGAAUAAAAUUAAAAUCAAUGAAGUGGGUAAGACAUUUUUUGAAAUCCAAUUUGGUGCUAAAGAAAAAAUCAUUUCCAGGUUGAAUGAUGAAAUAACUCAUUUUAAAAAUAGAACUGAGAAGUUCAAAAGUAAAACUAAUCGUUUGAUCAUCAAAUUGAAAGAUAAUUAUGAAUAUUUAAAGAAGAUUUUGAAUGAGAAAAAUAAUUUAGAAAAACUAUUAAAAGCGGAAACGUCUCAGCUAAAACAGGAAGUCGAUUCUAUGGUAGAAACAAGCAUAAGUAAAUUAAAAAAAAAAGAUGACGAGUUCAUUAAAAAAGCUGGAAAACAGAAAUCGAUUACUGCUAUAUAUGUGGGAAGAUUAAAUAAGUUGGAUGAAUUUAUCAAACAAGAAAAAAUACUUGAACAGAAAUACAUAAAUAUGAAAGAACAAAAUGUAAUCAUGGAUAAAAAAUAUGAGAUUGCAUUGAAAAAAAUGGAAGAAAAUAAAUUUAAAAGUGAACAAAUUGCAAUAAAAAACAUGUUAAAACAAUGCGUAGAUUUUUCAGUACACAUGAAAAAACAAUCACUGAUGGUUAAAUGUCCUGUCGAGGGAGCAAGUACCAAUGAAAUCAUUGAUUUUGAAGAAAUGUUAGACAUAGGUAAUAAACUGAGCGAAAUGCACGACAAGAAAUGUUUCGAUUUGAAGGAGGAAACUAAAGUACUUAAAGAAUUAUUGAAAUCGACCCGAGAAAUCAUUAAUGAAAAAAAUGUGGGUGAUUAUUCGAAGAAGAAAAAUUACUUAGAUUUGUAUCCUUAAAAUACUCGACAGGAAGUUAGGAGUUUGGGAAGCGAACUAAUGAAUGCUAAAGAUUUGCAUGGAAUACAGCAACCUGAUAAGGAUAAGGAUACACUAUGCCAUGUGGAUCGAACGAUUCACGCGAUCGAAGUCAACGGUACUAAGGCCGAAUUGAAAUCCAUGGACCGGGAAUUGCAUGCGGCACAGGUGAAGUUGUACGACAUUCGGUCUGCCAACCAGUUGUUGGAUCGUCGGAUUUGGAAAACUGAGGACGCAUUGCUAAAUAUUUACGAGAAAGCGUCGGUUCAUUUGGAAGAGAUAAAAUCUAAUACAAACAAUUCCAAGGAAAACAUUUUUGGUUUUAUCCAAAAUCUGUAUAAAGAAUUAGAAGGAUUUAUCAGCGAAGAAGAUAAAUUAUUAAUACAAUAA